ACCAUAUAUACUGGUUCAAUCUCUUCCCAUUCUCCCAAUCCUUACUCUUUCUUCUCUACUAUCUCUAUUCUCUUCUUGCUUAAUAACCAUUCUUUAGGGGUCUUUCUAUGUAUUAAACUUGUAAAAGCACCUACAUUGGCCAUUUUUGUAACAUUUAUACGUAUAGCCAAAAGUAGUACAGUCUCUACAGUUAAGAUUUCUAAACAUACGAUGAAUUUUGUCAUGAUGUUCUGUGCUAUGACUCCUCAGCUUCUUAUAAUUUGGCUACUUCCAAAUGUGGCAUUUGCUAGUAGCCAUAAUUAUGGUGAAGCACUAAGCAAAAGCUUUCUGUUUUACGAGGCUCAGAGAUCUGGUUAUCUUCCUCAUGACCAGAGAGUUCAAUGGAGGGGUAAUUCUGGUCUUCUUGACGGAAAGGCUAGUGGGGUGGAUCUGGUAGGAGGGUACUAUGAUGCAGGGGAUAAUGUGAAAUUUGGACUGCCAAUGGCAUUCACUGUUACAAUGAUGUCGUGGAGCAUCAUAGAAUAUGGGAAGCAAAUGGGUGAAAGUGGAGAGCUUAGCAAUGCUAUGGAUGCUGUUAAAUGGGGUACUGAUUACCUCCUUAAAGCUCAUCCUGAACCAAAUGUCCUUUACGGAGAGGUUGGAGAUGGUACGACAGAUCAUUACUGUUGGCAAAGACCAGAGGACAUGACCACUUCAAGAGCUGCUUACAGGAUCGAUCCGAGCCGCCCUGGAUCUGAUCUCGCUGGCGAGACAGCAGCCGCCAUGGCGGCUGCUUCCAUCGUCUUUCGGAACAGCAACCCUGCUUAUGCCAAAGAACUCCUCACUCAUGCGUUCCAGCUAUUCGAGUUUGCGGACAAAUACAGGGGCAAGUAUGAUAGCAGCAUUACUGUGGCCCAGAAGUACUACCGAUCUGUCAGUGGAUACGCGGAUGAAUUACUGUGGGCAGCGGCAUGGCUGUACAAGGCAUCUAACAAGCCAUAUUAUUUGAACUACCUAGGGGAAAAUGGGGAUGCACUUGGUGGAACUGGUUGGUCCAUGACUGAAUUUGGCUGGGACGUUAAGUAUGCCGGUGUCCAGACUCUUGCUGCUAAGUUCCUAAUGCAAGGGAAUGCUGGUAAACACGAACCUGUAUUUGACAAGUACCAGGAAAAGGCUGAGAAUUUCAUGUGCGCAUGUCUUGGAAAGGGUAACCAAAACAUCCACAAGAGUCCAGGAGGUCUCAUUUUCAGGCAGAGAUGGAACAAUAUGCAAUUUGUCACAAGUGCUUCUUUCCUUGCCACUGUCUACUCUGACUAUUUGGCCUCUGCUAGAAAAUCCCUCAAGUGUUCAUCUGGCACUGUAUCACCAUCUGAGCUCCUUUCAUUUGCCAAGUCACAGGUUGACUACAUUCUUGGAGAUAAUCCAAGAGCUACAAGUUACAUGGUGGGAUAUGGAAACAACUACCCAAGACAAGUUCACCAUAGAGGUUCUUCCAUUGUUUCUGUAAAGAAGGAUCCUUCCUUUGUUAGCUGCCGUGGAGGUUAUGCCACCUGGUUUAGUAGAAAGGCGAGCGAUCCCAAUCUUCUAGCUGGAGCCAUUGUUGGUGGACCUGAUGCCUAUGAUAACUUUGCUGAUCAGAGAGACAACUAUGAGCAAACUGAACCAGCCACCUACAACAAUGCUCCUUUGAUUGGUGUGUUAGCUAGACUUCAUGGUGGUCAAAGUCAAUAUAGUCAGCUCCUUCCAGUUGCUAUCCCUCAGCCAAAGCCAGAUCCAGAGCAAAAAGUAACUCGAGCUCCAGCUUCAUCAACUGCUGACAUUACUAUUGAACAAAAGGAAACAGCUUCAUGGGUUCACAAGGGGAAAACUUACUACAGAUACUCAGUAAUAGUAACUAACAACUCUGCUAAGACAUUGAAGAACUUGAAGCUCUCAAUAUCCCAACUCUAUGGUUCUCUCUGGGGUCUUUCAAAAUAUGGUGACUCCUACGUAUUUCCGGCCUGGCUCAACUCAUUACCAGCUGGAAAAAGCCUCGAGUUUGUGUACGUUCACUCUGCUUCCCCUGCAGUGGUCUCCAUAUCAAGCUACACUCUUGUCUAAAACUCAAAAGACAAACAAAGAAUGAAUCAUCAACUCUGGGGUCUUUAUGUAAGAAUUGUGCAGUUGUUUGUAAGUUUCAACUUCUUGUUGGUUUGUAGUAUGAGUUAUUAGGGGUUUAGCUAUUGAAGUGUAGGUUAAAUAAAAAGGCGGAUAUCUGGAGGAAGAAAGGAGCGAAGAGACGAAUUAAAACAAGUGCUCAUCCUCUUUCUUCUCCACUUCAUUUUGUCACAUUAUUGCAUUGUAUUGAGAAAAGAGUGAGGGGUUGAGAAAUUAAGAAGGUUGUUUCUCAACAGAAAUAUGUGUUGUUGAUCUUCAUUUCCUUUGUAAUUUUUGCAACUUCAAGUUUUUCAUAUGUUUAUAUUUUCUCCACUGGUUCAUGUGU